CGGAGAGAUCACGUAUUUUCCGUGAAUAAAAAUGAAAAUACGUAUUGUGUUGUGAAAAUUGGAAUGUGCUUUAGGGAAUAACUCGGAAAAGUGAAGUGAACUUUGAACUUUUUAAAGUGGAGACCGACAUAAGAAAAUUGCGAGGAAAGGCAUCCUUGACUUAAUAUAAGGGCAUUAAGAUCAAGAAACCAGACCUGACAAAUAUCAUAAUCGUAACGGGAACAACAACAACUAUAUUGUGUCUCAAAAUAUCUGGGAGAUGAGAUAGCCCCGGCCACAAAAGAAUUUUCAGUAGAAAGUUUUGGCUAUAAUGGCAAGUGAAAAAAAAGAUGCCAGUACACUGAUAUCAAAGAAAAAGAAAAUUAAACCCAGAAUAUCUCGAGAUGCAGACUGCUGCAGUGUGAACUUCCUAAAAUGCGUUCUUCAUAUUUUUAAUGUCACAUUUCUGUUUGCAGGCGCUGGCGUAUUCUUAGUUGGUGCAUGGACGAUCGCAACUAGACACCGUUUUGUGGCCCUUCUGCCUACUCCAACGUAUCCUGCAAUAUCGUAUUUGCUGUGCAUCGCUGGUGCGUUGGGCGUGCCUCUCUGUGGACUCGGUUGCUGUGGCCUGAAGACUGAAAACAGAACUAGCUUGUUGUGUUACACAUAUUUCCUUCUUAUCACAUUCUUAUUGGAAGUGGGUGCUGGUGGUCUUGCGUAUUACUACGAAGUGGCUGUAGAGGACGAACUACGUUUCGAACUUAACGCAACGUUCAUAACAAAUUACGCGCUUGACACUGUGGUUACGGACGCUGUGGAUAUUAUGCAGACUGAGUUCAAAUGCUGUGGAGCGAACCGAUAUACCGAGUGGCGUAAGAGUGCUUGGCACGAACAUGAUCCGAGAUUGCUAGUUCCUGACUCCUGUUGUAAGACUGUCACCACUCGCUGUGGUAUGCGAGACCAUCCCUCCAAUAUAUAUUAUCAUGGUUGCGUGCACGAGUUCACCAAGCACAUUCGAGAUCAGCUGGUCAUCCUCGCAGCCGUAGGAGUCGGUAUGUCCGUCAUACCCAUAUUCGGAUUCUUCUUCUCUUGCGUAUUGUAUGUCAAAAUAAAACAUGUCAUUGACUGACCCCGGCCUAAGGCCCCAGCCGCCAAUAGAAAAGUCUUCGACAAAUCGGCCUCGGCGGGUGAUCUGUCCAAACCUGCCAAUAGGAGCUCGUACAGGGCGCCGAAGAUGGCCGAAAGUUCCCGAAGUAAACGAAAUGUCAGACGAACGCCGUGCCCCUUACAUUCGGAGAAAAAUAUUCCAAUAUCCACUAUUAGCGAUAAUGUUAGUAUUUAAUUUCGCGUAUCGUCGAUUAAAUAUUCUUCUGAAUAAUAAAAAAAACGCGGAAUAUUUUGAAGCCUCUCUAAAUAACUUCUAUAUACAGUUUGUCCCAGGACUAUAGGACAUCAAGAGAAUGUUAUAUACUUUAUUUUGAAAUGUUUGUAUGCUUUCAAUUAUUUAAAAAUAACUUGUCCUCUGGGAAUCCAACCGACACAAAUGUGAAAUCAAGAGAAUGGAUAAAAAUCAUAAUUCUUCUUGAGUAUUUUAAUCAAAUUAAAAACAUACCCAAAACUAUCGAUUUAGUUUUUUUUUCAAAUUAAUUAAUUUAAUGCUCAAAAUCAAUCAAUCCUCAAAUCAAAGUAUUAGACUUUUCAAAAUAAAAAAGGUCUUCCUUCAUCAAAAUAUCCUAUUUAGGGUGUUUUCCCUUGAUGUACCAUAGUCUUGGAACGCCCUGUAUAUAUAUUUUGUUUAAUUCGGUUCAAAAAUUCGCAAAAAUAUUACUUACAUUUUCAGGUCUAUAUAAUUAUAUAUACGUUAAAGCGCGGUCGAAUACGUAGUCGACGAUUUUAGCGCGUGCUAGGUCCUAAAUUAUGCUUGCAUAAAUUAUUCGAAGUCGACAAAUAUCAACUUGUGUUCAUUGUCAUAGGCUAAAUUGUAAACGAAUUUAUGUCAUACGUCAACGUCAAUGUCAGACCCGUUUAACAAAGAGGUCUACUAUUUAUGUAAAUAGCACACUCAUGUCAGUGCCGGUUUAACUUCUCUGCAUUUUCUACCGAAUUUACCACAGAGAGUGUUCAGACUUGUUCGUAUUAAUACUGGCAGCUGAGAUUCAUUGAAUGUCGUUCCACAACAAGUGUUUUUUUGGCAUUGUCUGCCACACACCACCGCCUUGUGGAACCAGCUGCCCACUGAAGUAUUUCCGAACCAAUUCGACUUAGGGUCCUUUAAGAAAGCGAACCAAUUUUUAAAAGGCCAGCAACGCAUUUGUCUUUGCCAAUGGGAGUCUACGCGGCGGUAUCAUUUAACAACAGAUGAGCCUCCUGCCUUGCCCUGAUAUUUUAUUCAUGGACAUACUGUAAGCCUCAGAUAACAUUGUUUUUUACUUUCUUAAUUGUAGUAACCAAAAAACGCGAAAAAGAAAAAUAUAAAAAAAAAAAUUGUUGGUAAACUUCUAAAACAUAUUACUUGAAUCUUACAGUAAGUUUAUGAUAUACUGUAUAGAAUCGUAAAUAAAAACUGACAAUUUCUACCCGCAAAAAUAAAAAGCAUAUGAAAUCGACAUCACAUUUGUAUGAUAUAAGAUUAAGAUGAAGAGGUGCUAUAUUGUUAUCAAUAGUACUUAAUAGAUUUAAAGGCUUUGGUGAAUAAUGUAGACAUUUUAUAUUAGUAUAUAUUAGUAUUGUUCAUACUAAAUAUUACUUAAAGUUCAUAUGGACAAAUCCAUUUCAUAUAUGAAUUCGCUCCAGAACAAGUAGAAAUUUUUAUAAUCACUUCAUUCGACGUUGCCGUAUUUACUAGACUAGUAUUUUUCGUCUGUUAUGUGACAGUCUCGUCUUGCACUGUCGCGUGUCAAAUUUCGUACUAAAAAUUACUGACAGCUGUCAGCUUGACAACUCAGACGCUAACUAAACCUGAAUCUUAGGUUCAACUAACUAUGUCGUUAUUUAAAAGAACUUUUGUAUUAUUUUGGAAAAAUAUUCAGAUUCUGAAUCUAUUAUGACGAUUAUAUAGUUUUCGAUAUGCCUGCAAAAACGUGAUACAUACGUUUUUAGAAUAUUUCAGUUAAUGUAAUCAUGAAAUAUUCUUUAUCUCAUUUAUUUAGUUAUCAUAAGUUUCAUACAAUUAUUUUAUACAAUGCAUGAAAUGUUCAUAUUAUCUUGAAGCUCUUUACUGAUCUGUUGUUGUAAGAGAAGUGUGUGUUAAAAUAAACUAUAAUACAAACCUAUUUAGUCGCCAUUACAAUGUACAUACAUGGAUAAGAAUUUAAUAAUGUGACAAUCACACUACAGCAGUUCUGUUAAACAGUUGAAUAUCUAAACAAAUGACGUUCGGUUUCUUUUGAGUUUCGAAAAUAUUUUAAGAAAUCUAUUGAACAAAACACAGAUAUACCUUUCAUGUGACGCAGCCAACUGGCUUAAUCGGCCGUUCAAUUAACAGCCUAGCCGUUUAACUAACGGCCUGAAAGAUAUUCCGCCGUAGCGUUUAUAUCAUGUAAUGAACUGGCUGGCUAAUACUUAGGCCAUUCGUAAGAUAGAGCCAUUUGGCAGAAAUAAAAAUGAUGAAACAUAAUAUGACAUAAAAAAUAUUUCUUUUUAAAUUAAAUUGCUGCUUGAGUCAAAUUCAAAUUAUUACUGUCACUUCACUGUUCCAUUGUACUUGUUGUUUUUCAUAAAAGUUUUGAAAACACCAACAAAGGUGUGGUUAGCCGACGCCAUAUUGACAGUUUGAAUAGUGUCUAAUUAUGUUUAAAUUCACUGUCAUCAGACUAGACAAGUAAUGAAAUGUCAUCGAUCCAAGUUAUUUGACUCGCUGCUCGAUCAACUGGCUAAACAUCAUUCAGGCUGUUAGUUAAACGGCGGCGUUUCGUUAAACGGCUAGGCUGUUAAAUGAAUGGCUAAUUAAGCUAGUUGGCUGCGACACAUACAUAAAUUACCUUAGUAAAUGAGCGCCACUUUAAAUUGUAUUUUGAAAUAUGAAUAAACAAUAUUUUGAAUCUAGAUUCACCAUAUCUUAAGUCUACUUCAAUUGGGCUACGACAUUAAAAAUCCAGGAUAUGUGGUCAUAGAUAAAACUUAUUUGCUAGAGCUAGACAUUUUGUAACCAAAGUUAACGUGCCUUAUUAAAUUAAGAAUAAAUUGUUUAUUGAUGUAAAUAGAUAUCUGUAAUCUUAAAGAGAUCUGUGUAUUAAAUUGUGUAACAAUAAGAUUAUGUAUGCGUAUAUAUUCAGAUGUUUUGCAAUAAAAACCAAAUGUUUUAGUUUUACGGGUAAUGUACUUAUUUAAAAAAAACUAAUUUUUAAUAUAUUGUAAAAUUUAUCUCAGUUAUAUGUUGUUUGUUGGU